AUGAAGCUGUGCCGCCAACCUCUCGCCUCCGCGGUCGCGUGCGUAGCCGUUGCCGUCGUCCUGGGUAACGACGACAUGCAGACAGUGAACGCCCGGACCCGAAUUGUGGAGGAAGAGGACGCCGAGUCGCCUGCACAGAAACCCACUCCGCUAACCUCUGCGCCUCUCCAGCGUCUCCUGGAUGAAACAUGCGUGAAGAGAUUCAAGGCGCUCUGCGAAGAAGGGAAAGACGCGUUUUGCAACUAUGAAACAGCUGUGGCGCGGAAAGGCCGAGGAAGCGAAACGCAAACAGACGACCAGUGGCGAUGCUACGACGACCGUUUCCUCGGGACGGAUUCCAGUAACGUGCAGUGCACAGACAACUGCGGCACCUUAUUCCAUUGCAAAGGAAGCAUAAACCCGUCGACGUCCGUCCACACAACCAUGAAGGAUUUGGAAACUGAGUUGGUAAACCGUGUCCCUGAAUUCUGCAGUCCUCAGCAAAAGACUCUGAACGAAUACUGCAACAACCUUCGAGAGGGAUGGGUUGCCCGCCGGGGCGUCCUGACAAGCAGCGCGGAAGACCAAGAGUGGCGAUGCUUUGACGUGGCAAAACUCGAGUAUCAUUUGCAGAGUCAAUGCGUCGACAACUGCAGCCGCCUGCGUCACUGUCCUGGAGGGCGAGAGGGCCCGGACCGCAGGAACCUGACCGAGAACGACGACUACGCUUCAAUCCCGGAGGCACGGUCUUUGAUCGCCAGUGGGGAUCCACCGUGCGAGGCCGCUUUGGUUUGCAUAUCGACGCCAAAGAAUCCCGCGAAAUGCGUGAGCGAGGGCGAAGUCGCGGAGGCCUUGGAAGAAGAGGCGGAACAGGAGACGAAGGAACGCCGGGAGGUGGAGAAGGAGGAGCAAAGGAAGGUGGCCGCAGCGAGUGUCGCGCCACCGCAAUCGGAAGCCAGCGACUCUCCUCGUCCCCCUCAAGAUAUCCACUCUGUGUAUCCUCAGUUGGAGACGCCCACGGAGGAAGAACUCGGGGUGCUGGGCACGGCAGAGACGAAGCUUCAGUCUCUGCAGGGGCUUCUGAACGCGCGAUGCGCCGAAGAAUUCAACUAUCUCUGCACUUCUGAAAACCUCGCUCCUUUCUGCACACAACCCGUCGUCGCCCGCAAGGACUACGGCGUCUACACCGGCUUCGAGGGCUCCAUCUGGAGGUGUAUCUCCUUCGCCAACCUGGACCAGGAAAGAAAGAGCAUUUGCGUCGACAACUGCGGAGCCGAAUACGUGUGCGACGGGGGCAUCGAGCCGACGGAAGUUGUGCACGCCCAGUGGUCGGCUCUGGGGAAACUGGUCACCCAGCGGAAAAACGACCGCUGCAAGAGGCCAGGCGCCGAGGAAGGCAACGAGGGAUACAGGAAAGAAUACACGGUUUGA